AUGUCCUCUGGAUCUGCGCUGACGUUCGGUAUCACUCUUGGGUGGGCAGGCAAUGCUACUAAUCAUUGGCUCACCUCUAUCGCAAAAAUGACUGUGCCACUCUUCACUCUAGUCCUCGCGUGUAUAGCUCUCUUUGCCUAUCGCUUGAGUAAAAUUGGUCGCAGACCAGCCAACUACCCUCCUGGACCUCCAACCCUGCCACUGAUUGGUAAUCUCCACUUGAUGCCAAAGGAAAAAGCCCAUGUCCAAUUCCAGAAAUGGGCUCAGGAGUAUGGACCGAUCUAUUCACUUAUCCUCGGAACCAAAGUGAUGAUCGUGCUCAACACAGAUCAAGCGGUCAAAGAUUUACUGGAUAAGCGUAGUGGCAUUUACUCGUCGCGACCGGAGAUGUACAUCGGACAGAUUGCGAGCGGGGGACUACGUAUGCUUCUUAUGGAGUAUGGAAGUACAUGGCGCAUGAUCCGGAAGAUUGUGCACAACAACCUCAAUAUCAAAGCAGCGAAAACAUACGUCCCGUACCAAGACCUUGAGAACAAAGCAAUGCUCAUGGGUCUUCUAGAAACUCCAGAGUUGUUCAUCGAUCACAUAAACAGGUACUCAAACUCUUUGACGACGCAAAUGAUCUUUGGAUUCCGCACAACUAGCAUCCAUGAUCCAAAGCUUAAGCAGCUCUAUAGUGGUGUCGCAGCCUUCUCAGAAAUCAUAGGAACCCAAACAGCCGCAGUCCUCGACUUAUUCCCGAUAUUCCGGUCUCUCCCAGAUAUCCUGCUUCCACUGCGCAGAUACGCCAAGGAGCUUCACAGGAAGGAGAGCGAGCUCUACAUAGGACAUUGGCUCCGCAUCAAGCAAGCCAUUAAGAACGGCAAAGCCCGACCAUGUUUCUGUGUGGACCUCUUGCGUGCUCAAGAUGAAUAUGGGUUCUCAGAUGCACAGGCUGGCUAUAUAAGCGGCUCGAUGUUGGAAGCAGGAAGUGAUACUACAGCCGCCACGCUUCUCGGAUUCGUCCAAGCAAUGCUACUCUACCCAUCCGUCGCCAAAACCGCCCAAGAAGAACUCGACCGUAUCUGCGGCUCCCGCUUCCCCACCCUCGACGACGAACCCUCCCUCCCCUACAUCCGCGGCUGUAUCAAAGAGUCUCUCCGCUGGAUGCCAACCGCCAUCCUCGGAGUCCCCCACGCAGUCACCCAAGACGACGAGUACAUGGGCUACAAGAUCCCAAAGGGCGCAGGCGUCAUGUGGAACGUCUGGGCUAUCCACAUGGAUCCCGCACGCCACCCCGAUCCGCACCGAUUCGACCCCUCGCGCUACGCAGCAGAUGCCCAAACCGCGCAGGAAGCGGCAGCGAAUCCCGAUCCGACGAAGCGCGACCAGUUUGUGUUUGGGGCGGGGAGGCGGCUGUGUCAGGGAAUGCAUAUUGCAGAGCGGAGUUUGUUUUUGGCGAUUGCGAGGUUGUUGUGGGCGUUUGAUGUGCUUCCUGUGAAAGGUGGGGAUGGGGAGGAUGUUUUGCCUGAUGCGGGGAAUUUGACAGAGGGCAUGUUGGUGCAUCCGAAGCCGUUUCCUGCUAGGAUCGUGCCGAGGAGUAGCGAUAGGGUUGAGAAAGUGAAGGCGGAGUGGGAGAAGAUGGAGCAUGUGUUGGAUGAGGAGUUGCAGUGGAAAGUUCUGCCAGAGGGGCUUAUUUGGAAAGAGUACAAGCAGGCUGCUGAGACAGUCUGA